CUAUAUAAGGAGCAAGGAACGUCCACUGCAAUUGCAUUCUCAACCUCUCUUCUUGGAAUUGAAAUUGAAAGAGGACACGAAAACCCGAAAUGGGAUUCGAUAAGAAGGUCGUCGAUGAAGUGUCUGGAUGGCUUCGGGUCUAUGACGACGGUUCGAUCGACCGUUCAUGGGCUGGGCCACCCGAAGUAGAGUUCCUAGUAACCCCUGUCCCACCAUCAAAGGAAUUUGUCGAUGGCGUCGCAACCCACGACGUAAUAAUCGACCCAGAUUCCAAUCUAUCGGUCCGGAUUUACGUCCCCGAAAAGCAGCCACUCGACGAUCCAAAGCUCCCUCUCAUCCUCCACUUCCACGGCGGCGGCUUCUGCGUGAGCCGAGCUGAUUGGUACAUGUACUACCAAUUCUAUGCCCGGCUCGUCAAGUCAGCUCGAGCCAUUUGCGUAUCCGUUGAAUUGCGCCUGGCACCUGAUCACCGGCUCCCCGCUGCGAUCGACGAUUGCUACGACGCGCUCCUUUGGCUCCGGUCCCUCGCUCGGGCCGAGCUGCAUGAACCGUGGCUUGAAGCUGCAGACUUCAGCCGGGUUUUCCUCAUGGGCGACUCAUCAGGCGGGAACCUGGUGCAUGAGGUGGCGGCACGAGCCGGGUCUGAGGAGUGGGAGCCGUUACGGCUAGCCGGGGGUGUGCCUAUCCACCCGGGCUUUAUUCGGGCCACACGAAGUAAGUCAGAGCUACAGCUCCCACCCAGCCCGUUCCUGACACUAGACAUGGUGGACAAGUUCCUGGCUCUGGCAUUGCCACUUGGCAGUACUAAGGACCAUCCAAUCACGUGCCCGAUGGGGCCAGCGGCGCCACCACUUAGCCGGCUGAAUUUGCCACCGUUCCUGGUGGCAGUGGCCGAGAACGAUAUGAUCAGAGAUACAGAGAUGGAAUACAUAGAGGCCAUGAAAAAGGCAGGAAAGGAUGUGGAGGUUCUGCUUAGUCCUGGGGUGGGCCACACCUUUUACUUGAACAAGAUAGCCGUUGACUCGGAUCCGGAUACGGGUACCCAAACAGAGCUGCUAAUCGGGGCCAUCUCGAACUUUAUGAAAAGGCAUUCGGGGCGCCCAUCGCGUAAUAGCUUGUAAGACAGAUGACGGUAUCUCGUGUUAUGUUUGUUUGUUUGUUUGUCAUUUUCUUUUGAGAAAUGAAAAGUGGUGUGGAUUUCUCUAGAGUCGUUGUUUCAGAGGAAUUCAGGAUGGGACAUGAAAAUCUCUGGCCCUUGAUCCUCAAGUGUCAGAAAAGAAACCCUCUGUCAAGGGAAGCGGAUUGGCUGGUGUA